AUGGGUUGGUUUGGUGGAAAUAGCAAUGCAGCACCUCCAUCAAAGGUAUCCAUGGUGACCGAAUACAAACCAGAGCCAAAACAACAACAAUAUUUGGAAGAUUUACCACCGAAAUUCGAAGACACCGAAUCGCCAUCAGCUCCACCACUGUCUCAAGCCAAUGCACAAGCAACACUAACUGAUGCUGCAAAAUCAAUCCAACUAUCAGACUUCACAAUAGAUAGGUUUAUCAAUAUGCCAUGUUUCAGAGAGGCGAUGAUCACAGGGUUUCAGGCUAUGGGUGUAUUGGGAGUCAUUACAUUCUUAAUUAGAAAAGAUUUGAACAAGUCGUUGAAUUGGUCUGUAGGUGGUUUCUUUUUGGGUAAUAUGGUUGGAUGGGAGCAGUGUCGGUCACUAAGAAGGAAGUCGAUGCAAAUGAUGGAGAAAGCAAAACAGGAUAGAGAGGAAAGAAAUAGGAGAAAGUGGCAAGAGUUGCAAAAAAGUCAGGGCAAAGAUGAUGAUUUGGAGAAGUUUAAUAAAUUCAACAGUAGAAAGUAA